AGUCCUUGGAGGAGGAGACUGCUGCAAUAACAAUAACAGCAGCAGCAGCAAAUAUGAAAUUCGUUCGCUUCCUGAUGAAGAACUCGGCCCUGGCCAACGUACCAAAACACAUCGACCAUUUUUCCAAAUUCUCGCCGUCCCCGCUCUCCAUUAAGCAGUUUUUGGAUUUUGGCUCAACAAAUGCCUGUGAGAAGACCUCCUUUAUGUUUCUGAGGCAAGAGCUGCCUGUGAGACUCUCUAAUAUUAUGAAGGAAAUCAAUCUCCUCCCAGACCGGCUACUUGGCACACCUUCCGUUCAGUUAGUCCAAAGCUGGUAUGUUCAAAGUCUUUUGGAUAUUCUAGAGUUUUAUGACAAGAACCCUGAUGAUCUGCGAGUUUUAUCAAGUUUUACAGAUGCCUUAAUUACAAUUCGGAAUAGGCAUAAUGAUGUUGUUCCAACAAUGGCACAAGGUGUUAUUGAGUACAAGGAAUCAUACUUAGAAGAUAGCAUCACUAGUCAAAAUGUACAGUACUUUCUGGAUCGUUUUUACAUGAGUCGUAUUUCAAUCAGAAUGCUCAUCAAUCAGCAUACACUAAUUUUUGAUGGCACAACAAACCCAGCUCAUCCCAAGCACAUAGGCAGUAUUGAUCCAGACUGUGAAGUUGUAAAUGUCAUCAGAGAUGCAUAUGAAACUGCUAAACUCCUUUGUGACCAAUAUUAUAUGGACUCUCCUGCACUGGAAGUGGACCAAUACAAUGUAAAUGGUUCAGGACCUGUCCAUAUUGUCUAUGUACCAUCUCAUCUCUAUCACAUGCUGUUUGAACUUUUCAAAAAUGCCAUGAGAGCUACUGUAGAAAAUUAUGAAUCCAGUUCCAGCCUUCCAUCAAUCAAAGUGAAAGUUGCACUGGGCAGCGAAGAUGUCACUGUUAAGAUGAGUGACAAAGGUGGUGGUGUUCCUCUGAGUAAGAUAGACCGGCUGUUUAGUUACAUGUAUAGCACAGCUCCCACACCACACUUGGGAAGUUCUAGAGGUACACCACUGGCUGGUUUUGGCUAUGGGUUGCCUAUUUCAAGACUUUAUGCCAAGUAUUUUCAGGGAGAUCUUCAGCUCUAUUCCAUGGAGGGUUAUGGAACUGAUGCAGUCAUUUACCUUAAGGCUCUAUCGAAAGAUUCAGUAGAGAGACUACCAGUUUAUAACAAAUCUGCUUGGCGACAUUACCAACAUAGCCAUGAGGCUGACGAUUGGUGUGUACCUAGCAGUGAUCCAAAGAACAUGGCUGCACACAAGAUUCAGCAAUGAUGCAUGAGCUCAUUAAGUUCAUUUCUACAGAAAAGAAUGAAAAUGAUUCUGUCCAUUCUCAGUUUUACAAAGCCAAUCAGUCAUGACAUGGGAUUUUUAGACUACAGAAUGGCUCUUUCGAGCAUUUAAAAAUAUGAAGCAAUAAUUAAAAUGAGGAAUCUUCUCAAAUGAUUGAGUUGAUUCGAAAGAAAUCGUUGUCUUAUUUCACUCUUGCAGAGUAUUACUGUCGAGAGUCAAGAGAUCUUUAUUGAUUUAUUAUGGGGAGAGAAAAUAGUGGCAUUGUUUAGUAUUUAAGCUUCAAGUGUCAGAUUCCUUUUUUUUAAAAAAGGACAUUAUGUAACAUUAAGAUUCUGGUUUAAAUUCUAAAUUGGGUGAGUAAGUAGAAAUAUCGGUGGUCCAGAGAAAUCUAGGCUUUUUCUCACUGAAAAUUCAAAUUCUGAGCCAUACAUUACAAAGAAGAAAUGUCCCAAACUUGAAGCUUGAAAUACAACCAAGCACUGUGCACAUUAUCGAUUUAAGUGAUGACAUUUAACAAACCAAUAAGAUGAAAUGCAUUUAAAGUAGCUUACAGAUAGUAUGAUUUAAGUGAGUUAAAUUUGCAUCUUUUUAGGGAUGUAUGUGUUUACCUUCUAUGAAUAGGUGAUUAUGAAAUCUCUAUCCAUCACUGAUUCCUGGACUACUUUGAGUUCAGUUAGAAUUAAACUCUGAAAUUUAGAAAUAGUUCUGAAAUUCAGUUUGUCUCACUACCUUUAUUACUUUUCUUAGGGCUUCAUACCUCAGGUUUAUGCCAUUUUCAGGUCCUUUUAAUUUCCAGUAUUGAUUUUGUAUCAGUGACGUUUUAAUCAAGCUCUGUUUGCAAUCUUUUUCAUGGGAAGAAGGGUUUCCUAGGUUAACUCCAUUCUGAGAUUAUAUCUUGUGGAUUUUUCUAGUACAGGGAAUAUUCCUUGUUAAUUGGUUUUAUUUAAAUUACUUCGCUCGGCCCCUUCAACCUUGUUAUCUUUCUGAUUAUUCAAUGAUGGAGUUUUUCCAAAGUCAGAUAAAUCAUAUAUCAUAAACAUUUAACAGAAUAUUUUGAACCUUUUUUUAAAUAUUCUAAAUUGUGAUGAAGUUCAGUGUCACAACUUUUAUAUUGUGUCUGUUUUCCCAUGUAAGCUUUUUUUUUGACCACUAAACUCUUAGAACUCUUCAUUCCUUGGUUUAUUUCCCUUUGCCUUGCUAUUAUCCCUUCCCCAGGGCUUUGCUAUUAUAAUCCUAUUUGAAAUACUGUUCAAAUUUAAUUUUUCUUUAAAUCUCAACUGUCCUUCAGUUUUGCAACGAUCUGCUCCCUAAAUUUAUACUACCUCUAUCAACUGUAGGUGGUCUAUCUCCAAUUCUUCAUUUCUAGUAAGUGUACUGGUGGAAUACUACAUGUUUCUUUUAUCUGUAUAUACAUUACGUGUAAAUCUGUACAUGUGCUUGAUGUAAGAUGUGCCAAAGAUGUGUUUAUUAACAAAAAGUGAAUUGUUAGCCUUUUAAAUUGUUCAGCUGUUGCAAUAUACAAAUGCUUUUUUUUAAACAUUAGAGCACAAAUCUUGUAGAUCCUAAAAUGAUUGAUUAAACUUCAACCUUGUUUUGAUUUUAAAAUAAUUCGUUUUGGGAAGAUUAAACACACUUCUAAUUUUAAUGUGAAUUUACUUAAUGCACAACCGCUGUCUUUGGUUGUGAGAAAUUACUACCAGCUCUGACUUUAUUCUUCACAAUUCUGUAGCUCAUCAUUGUAUAUUUGUACUCCUCAGCAUUAUACAUGUCUUUGGAAAUAUAUCAUGUACAAUAUGAUUGUUUUAAGGACCUAAUUUUUAUUCUUGUCAAACUUUAACUUUCCAAGUUUGGUUCAAAAUUCAAACUUUUGGUAAUCGUUUAAAAAUUAAAUUGAUAACUUUAUCUGAUCCACUCAUAUGAGUUGUGCAAGGUUUUGAAUCAUCAGAAUUACAAUUGUAAAAAUGUAUAAUCUUCACCUAGAUGACAGAAAGAUUACCCUAGUUGUCAUACAAAUUAAAUUAUGGGUAUCCUUCAGUUUGCUGUAGGACCUGGAAAUAUGGCGAAUGCCAGUUCAAUGGAGGCAUUAGAUGGACUAUUUGGAUAGGAAUUGUAUGCAGGGAUUUGGGAAAAGGUACUAGGUAAUAGAACUGGUGCAAUGGAAUGAAUGCACUGUAAGAAGUCUGAUUAUGUAGUGAAUACCGCUGAAGGUUUGCAAACACUGUUCAUGGCAGAUUCACCAAAGUUCCUUUUUUUUUGAUAUCGAAUAAUGACCAAAGUAAUGGUACCAAUUGAUUUUAAAUUGAGUUUUCACUAAUGGAAGCUUCACACACUACUCGCAGAAAGAGAAUAUAUAUAAAGAGUGGGCUAUGUUUUGAAGUUGCUGAACUUUUCAUGCGCAGGAAUGAAAACAUACAAAUAUUGAUGGCUUGUAUAAAUCCUGAAGUAUUAAAGUAAAAAUAAAAAGUAAUAGUUAUCAAUUUUAGAA